AUGUCGUCCCUUCUCAACCCGAACCGCAAGCCCCAGUCGGGCGGCGGCCCGAAGCCGCGCUUCGCCAAACCCAACCCCAUCCGCGCCAUGCGUGAGCGUGAAGAGCGCCGUCAAGCCGCCCAGCAGUCUCAGUCAUCGUCGGCAAACAGGAGCGGCUCUGUCGCCGCCCCGGCACGCCAGCAAUGUCCCAACAAGGCCUGCCCGAAGCCCAAUGUCGUCGACGGCACUUGCCAGACUUGCGGUCGUGUCGCUGACGACAGCAACAUCGUGGCCGAGGUCCAGUUCGGCGAGACCUCGUCCGGCGCCGCCAUUGUCCAGGGUUCGUUUGUCGGCGCCGAUCAGGCCGGUGUCCGUAGUAUGGGACCGGCCUUUCGCCGCGUCGGCGGCUCCGAGGACAGGGAGAAGAGCAUCCGCGAGGCCCGCGGCCUCAUGCAGGGUUACGCGCAGCAGCUCAACAUCAGCGAGAGCCUCGUCACCGCCGGGACCCAAGUCUUCAAGCUCGCCUCGGGCGCCAACUUUAUCCAAGGUCGAACACUCGCCAGCGUCGCUGCCGUCUGUCUGUACGCCGCGUGUCGAGCCGAGCCGCCGUGCAAGGUCAUGCUCAUCGACCUCGCCGAUCUGGUCCAGCUCAACGUAUUCAAGCUUGGCCGAAUCUUCAAGAAGCUCAACGAGGUGGUCCCCAUCGGCAACGACGGCCUCAUCCCGGUAUACCCCGAGGAUCUCAUUUGGCGUUUCGCGACAAAGAUGGAGUUUCACCAAGAAACGGCAAAGGUUGCCGAGGACGCGGUGCGGCUCGUCAAGCGCAUGAGCCGGGACUGGAUGGUCAUGGGUCGACGCCCAUCUGGUAUCUGCGGCGCCUGCCUGCUCAUGGCUGCUCGCAUGCACAACUUCCGGCGGACUGUGCGCGAGGUCGUCUACAUCGUCAAAGUCACCAACCACACCAUUCAGAACCGCCUUCAAGAGUUCAACUACACCGAGUCUAGCAAAAUGUCGGUCGAAGACUUUUUGAAGCAAGACUUCCUGGAGAGCUCGCAUGACCCACCCUCGUUCUACCGCAAGUCGGACGAGUUUAGACAGAUCUUGGAAGAGAAGUCUCGGAAACGCAAGCACAGCGUCAAUGACGAGGGCGGCGAAGGGGGCGACCAGGAGCAGUCAGAACGCAAUCACGAGGUUGAAAAGCGACAUCGCCGAAUGACCGACGCUGGCGCCGACCUUUCGCAAGCCCCUGCAAUCAAGUUCCGACGAGACGCGGAUGGCUUCAUCAUCCCUCCGCAUCCCUCACAGAUUCCGCGCGACGACCCGAAUCCCAUCGUUGAAAAGAUGGACGACACCGAUGCGCUCGAGUCUCUGGCCAACGAGUUCGGCGACGCCAUCGACGACGAGCUGGACGAGGGCGACAAUGUCGAUGGGGCCAAGGGCAAGGGCAAGGGAAAGGCCAAGCCGCAGCUACCCAUCAACGACGAAUGGGAACAAGACGAAGAGGAACUCGAGGGUCAAAUCGAGGAGAUUUUCAACGACCCGUUGACAUAUGAGCACGCCCUCGCCUACUCCAAUGCCGAGCAGCGCGCACGCAUCCACUCGAACUGGGCCCUCAAGCAGAAACCACAGAGGGAGGUGUCCAUGGCGGCCGACAUUGGGGAGGAUGAAUUCGCAGACGACCCGGAAGUCGCCAAUUGCCUGCUGUCGCCGGACGAGGCUCGCAUCAAGGAGCUCAUCUGGGUGAACCAGAACAAGGACUGGCUGAGGAAGCACCAAGAAAAGGUGUUCCGGAAGAAGAUUGAGGCAGACCGCCCCAAACAAACGCGGCGACGUCGGAAGCGGGCACGGAUGGGCGAGGGCCAGACCAGCCCGGCCAGCUCGGCAGCGGAGGCGGCCAUCAACGUGGCUAAGGACCGCGCGUGGUCCAAGAGGAUCAACUACGAUGCCAUCCGCAGCAUUUUUGACGUGCCCAAUUCGGGCGGCCUGGGAUCGGCGGCGACAAGCCGGAAGACGAGCUUGGCGGGAAGCACGCUGGGCGCCGAGGACGCAAACGAGGAGCCGGACGAGAGCAUCGCUGGCGACGAUGUGGAGGAGGAGGAGGAGCCGGUGGACUACGAGGAACCUCACGGCGGAGAGGAGUUUGGCGGCGGCGAGUUUGAGGGCGGCUACGACGAUGACGAUCCCAACAUGGACGAGGAGUACGGUCUGGAUGACGAGUAG